GUUAUAAUUUAAUUAAGUUCAGUUCAGUUGAGUUCAGUUCAGUUGCAAUCAGAUCAUUUCAGUUCAAUUGUUUUACGCUGAAGAAAACAAGUCCUUAGUUAUAAUUUAAUCCAGCUCAGUUCAGUUGCAAUUAGUUCACUCCAAUUAUUUUAUACCAAAAAAAACCCCUAAACCACCUCUAUGAGACUAUGACUAAAAGUUUUAAGAACAUAAUUUGUACUUAUUAAAUAAAAAAAAAAUCAAGAGUACCGUAUCAAAACGCUCAAAUUGAGAAGAAAACCAUGCUUAAACACACCUUCCUAGUUCCUUCGCAUUUUCACCCAUUCACAAUUCUCCACACCCCUAGGCCCUAGGUACAUAUGUCUUAUUAAACCAUUGUAGAAAAAUACCCUCUAAAUCCCCAUUUUUACAUCUCACGCCAACAAACCCACCCACCCACUCACCCACCCUUCAAUUUCAAACCCUAGUCAAAUCUCUCUCCUCUUUCACCCUUCCCCUUCUCUCUCUCCUCUUUCAUCCUUUUGGAUCUCACUUCAUUCAUUUCCUAGUUGAUGUGAAUGUGAUUCUCCAAAGGUCACACUCAACUCUCCCCACCUUUUUUUUUCAUUUUAUAAUUUUAUUUUCUCCAUCGAUCUCUUGUAUGAUCAGCAACAAAAAUGGCGUCCGCUUGUGUAAAUAACAUACCCACAACCAACCACUCAAGCUACGGCUGGUUAACUCCGAGAUUAUCUCUAAGCCGAGAAUACAAAGAUGAUGAUUCUAAACACUCGAAAUCUAAAUCUAAAGAAUCUUCUUCACCCAAAGAUACUGGAGAUUUCGAGUUCCGUCUUGGAGAUAACGUCACUAUGCUCCCAGCUGAUGAGCUCUUCUUAGACGGCAAACUUGUUCCACUCCAUCUUUCAUCAGCUAAGUUAGCUCCAAUGCCAUCAAAUCCGCCUGAAGAAGAUGUCAAAUCUCCCAAAAAACCUUGCACCGAAGACCAAUCUUUAUUCUCCCCAAAAGCUCCCAGGUGUUCUAGCAGAUGGAGGGAGCUUCUCGGUUUGAAGAAGCUUCCUCAAAACACCAACAAAACGGCGUCGUCUUUGUCUAUCAGGCAGUUUCUGAAUAGGAACUCCAAAACGGUAACGUCAUCUACUGACAGUGAUACAUCUCUUAGCUCACCAUUAUUAUUAAAAGAUUGUUCAUCAUUAGAGUAUGAAUCAAUAUGCAUCUCAUCUUCUAGAAUAUCUCUGUCUUCAUCUUCAUCUGGGCAUGAUCACGACGAACUCCCACGCCUGUCAUUAGACGCGGAAAAGCCAAAUACUGUAACUCAGCGCAACAGAUCGGUCUCCUCGGGACCAAAAGUUCGACCUGUGCGGUCAAGAAUAAGGAAAGAAAAGACAGCAGUGAGUCGGGGAGUUUCAGUUGAUAGCCCAAGAAUGAAUCCGUCUGGUAGAGUUGUGUUUCAGAGUUUGGAGAGAAGUUCAAGUAGUCCAAGUAGUUUUAAUGGCGGACCAAGGCAUAACAAACAAAACAGAGGGGUAAUGGAGAGGUCGUAUUCUGCUAAUGUUAGGAUUACUCCUGUUCUUAAUGUCCCUGUUUGCUCUCUUCGUGGAUCAUCUAAGUCUGGUGUUUUCGGGUUUGGACAACUGUUUUCUUCUUCUUCGCAACCUCAAAAGAAAGAAGGUUGCAACAACGGCAUUACUAGAAACCAUCAUCAGCAGCAUCAUAGUAGUAAUAGAAACAAGAAGGAGAAGGAGAAAGAGAAAGAGAGGUCAUAGAUAUGGGUAAAAUUAACAAAAUUUGACAUUUCCAAAUUUAUUUUACCAAAAAAAAAUUUAAUUGCUUAGUUAUUUGAAGUAUUGGGUUUAAUGAAUGGGGGGAAUUAACUGGUGGGAAUUUGUAUUCCUUUUAACCAUAUUCUACUUUUUCCUUCAUAAAAAAAAGAAGCUUGUAAAUAUGCAGGGUUUUAUUGCUUUUACUUUUUGCCCUGUAGCGCCAUUGUACUUUCAUAUCGUUGAUAUUUCUUUUGUGGGGCUUACAUUUUGUUUGAUAUGCUAACUCUAUCGUUAUUGUUAAAAGGCUAGUACUACUA